UUCCCUGGGGUGCUGUUGGCCGGGUCACCAGGAGAGACAUCCUGGUCAAUAUCCACCUCAACAGGCACAGGAUGUCGGCCUUCAGGCUCCUGUGGGCUCCAUCCUGGACAGGGCAGUCUUUAGUUCCUGUGUCUCUCCGGCUCCUAAGUGUUUCAGCUCAAAGACCAUCCUACAAGUACGUCAAUCAGAGAGAUGAGGCCACUGACUUUAAGUCGCUGACAGACAACGCUGCCCGAGUGCUGAUGUGGACUGAACUGUUCAGAGGGCUGGGGAUGACUCUCAGUUACCUGUUCCGGGAACCAGCCACCAUAAAUUACCCCUUUGAGAAAGGCCCUCUGAGCCCCCGUUUCCGGGGGGAACACGCUCUGCGCAGGUAUCCCAGUGGGGAGGAGCGGUGCAUCGCCUGCAAACUCUGUGAGGCCGUGUGUCCAGCCCAGGCCAUCACAAUUGAGGCUGAACCGAGGGCUGAUGGAAGCCGCAGGACCACGAGAUAUGACAUUGACAUGACCAAGUGUAUUUACUGCGGUUUCUGUCAGGAGGCCUGUCCUGUGGACGCCAUCGUGGAGGGCCCGAACUUCGAGUUCUCGACGGAGACGCAUGAGGAGCUUCUGUACAAUAAGGAGAAACUUCUGAACAAUGGAGACAAGUGGGAGGCCGAGAUCUCAGCCAACCUGCAGGCCGACUUCCUGUACCGCUGAUACUGUGUGUAUGCUCCACGCUGACACGUGUGUGUAGGUGUGGUCCACAAUGACACGUGUAUGUGUGUGUGUGCCCCGCGCUGACACAAGUGUGCUCUGCUGUAAGCAGAGUUGUAUCACCCAGAGACCCACAGUGCACUCUACAUUUUAUUAAAAAUACUAACAAUAAUAA